AUGUUGGGUUCUUCUCUUAUUUUAGCCUUGGCGGUUGCCGUGGGCGCUGCUUCGGUACCACGGAACAGCCCUGUUGUUGAACUUAAGAAUGGCUCUUAUUAUGGGACUCACAACUCUGCGUAUAACCAGGACUUGUUCCUUGGUAUGAGAUAUGCACAGGCGCCGCUGAACGACCUGCGCUUUCGACAUCCUCAGCCUUUGAACUCAACUUGGGAAGGCGUACGCAAUGCAACAAAGUACCAGUCAAGAUGCUACCAGUAUGGGUAUCCUUCCGGACCUCUUUCAGGUGGUUCUGACGAUUGUUUACAUCUGAAUGUCGUUCGCCCGUCUGCAGCUGCGAAGGAGAAGCUUCCUGUCCUUGUCUGGAUCCAUGGCGGCGGUCUUGUCGGAGGAUUCAGUGGUGAUCCUUCUUCGAACCUGAGCUACAUCAUCGAUGAGUCUGUCAAACUAGGCUCACCCAUCAUCGGCGUCUCAAUCAACUACAGACUCGGAGCUUGGGGGUACCUUUGGAGCUCCGCAGUCAAGGCCGCAGGCGUUGGAAAUAAUGGCUUCCGCGACCAAAGACUUGCUCUUCAAUGGGUCCAAGAGAACAUCGCAGCAUUUGGAGGGGACCCCGACAAGGUCACCAUCUGGGGCCAGAGCGGAGGAGCACGAAGUGUUGCGUCGCAAUUGACGGCGUUUGGCGGCCGAGAUGAUGGCCUUUUCAGAGCCGCUAUCCUCGAGAGUGGUACUGGAUUCCCCACGGCCUUUGGAGAGGUAGAGGUCAAAGACGCACCGAGCUUUGAGAAGGGAUACAAAACGCUCCUCAAGAAGACAAACUGUGUUUCCGCGAAGGAUUCCCUGCAGUGUCUGCGAAAGGUACCAUCGCUGGAACUCGCUCAAAUCGUCGGCAAUGUCUCGUUCCCCGUUUGGCUCGAUAUUAUUGACGGCGACUUCAUUCGUGAUAGCCGAUCAGAGCUCGUUCGACAGAACAAAUUCGUUCCUGUGCCAAUCAUCAAUGGAGUCGCAUCAGAUGAUGGAGACUUCUUCGCUCAGCGUGGCAUCAACACGACACAGGAGUGGGAAGCAUAUCUGCGAAAAGAGGGCGCAAGCAAUGCUACUAUCGAAGCUAUCUCAGCUCUGUACCCUGAUAUUCCACGUGUCGGCCUUCCUGCUACCUUUGAAGGACGCCCAACAGGCCCAUUGGCUUUGUAUGGAUCGCAGUGGAAGCGUGCAGUAGCCUUCGGUGGCGAUAGAGCUAUGCAUGCACCGAAGAGAGCAUGGAACAGGAAAUGGGCAAAGAGUAACGCCACAGCGUACAGUUAUCACUUCGACGUUGUAUCGGGAGAUCGGCCCGCAGUCCAAGGAGCCGGACACUCAGUUGAUCUCCCAUUCGUCUUCCGCAACACUGAAAGGUUGGCUCAAUUGAACGCGACGGAACCUAGACCUGGUUCAUUUGAUGAGUUGGCUGUUAAGAUGUCGAGAAUGUGGAUUAGCUUUGCGAGCAAGAUGGAUCCCAACUUUGAAGGUAUGGGGGAUGUUCAGUGGCCGGAGUAUGAGUGGGAUGCUGGAAAGAAUAUGGUCUUUCAUAUUGAUAAGUCGUCUGUGGUUCAUGUUGAGGAUGAUACGUACCGAACUGAGCAGAUGGAGUAUUUAGAUAAGAAGUUGUGGAAGGUUGAGUUGCAGUCGGGACUCGAUUAA